GAUUGGCUGGACGGAAGGACGACGUCCUCUCCUCCUGGGGCACUGAGGCUCCGGUAUGGAGGAGUACGGGGUCCGCGCGGGCUUCGGUGCAGAGCGGCGGCGGUGGUCACGGCAGGAUUCCUAGGAGCCAUGUUGUCAGAUGUCCUGCUGAUAUCCGCUCCAGGGAAAGUCAUCCUUCAUGGAGAGCAUGCUGUGGUCCACGGCAAGGUAGCACUGGCUGUGGCCUUGAACUUGAGAACAUUCCUCCGGCUUCAACCCCACAGCAGUGGGAAAGUGAGCCUCAGUUUACCAAAUAUUGGCAUCAAGCAGGUCUGGGAUGUGGCCAGGCUUCAGCUGCUGGGCAUGAGCUUUCUGGAUAAGUGCAAGGAAGAGAAACAAGAGCAAGGUGACAUCCCAGCGCCCACCGCAGAGCAAAUGGAGACGCUGAAGGAGGCGGCAGGCUUCCCCGUGGACUGUGCCAUCAACGAGCACCUGGCCGUGCUGGCCUUCCUGUACUUGUACCUGGCCAUCUGCCGGAAGCAGAGAACCCUGCCCAGCCUGGACAUCGUGCUGUGGUCGGAGCUGCCCACCGGGGCAGGCUUGGGCUCCAGUGCCGCCUACUCAGUGUGUUUGGCAGCUGCCCUCCUAACUGUGUGUGAAGAGAUCCCAAACCCGCUGAAGGAUGGGGAUCUCACCAACAGGUGGACUGGGGAGGAUUUGGAAUUAAUUAACAGGUGGGCCUUCCAAGGAGAGAGGGUGAUUCAUGGGAACCCUUCCGGAGUGGACAAUGCUGUCAGCACCUGGGGGGGAGCCCUCCGAUACCAGCAAGGGAAGAUUUCAUCUUUAGACAGGCCCCCGGCUUUGAAGAUUCUGCUGACCAACACCAAGGUCCCCCGCAGCACCAAGGCCCUCGUGGCCAACGUCAGGAGCAGGCUGGUGAAGUACCCAGAGAUUGUGGCCCCCCUCCUGACCUCGAUAGACGCGAUUUCCCUGGAGUGCGAGCGCGUGCUGGGUGAGAUGGCGGCCGCCCCGGCCCCAGAGCAGUACCUCAUGCUGGAAGAGCUCAUCGACAUGAACCAGCACCAUCUGAACGCCCUCGGCGUGGGCCACACCUCACUGGAUCAGAUGUGCCAGGUGACCAUGGCCCACGGACUGCACAGCAAGCUUACUGGUGCGGGCGGCGGUGGCUGUGGCAUCACACUCCUCAAGCCAGAUCUGGAGCAGCCAGAGGUGGAGGCCACCAAGCAGGCCCUGACCAGCUGUGGGUUUGACUGCUGGGAAACCAGCAUCGGGGCCCCUGGCGUCUCUGUCCACUCGGCCGCCUCCCUGGACACCCGCAUCCAGCAAGCCCUGGACGGCCUCUGAGAUGCGCCCAAACCACUGCAGCCCCUCUAAGAAGCCUCUUCCUGGAUUCUGGGCACUGGCCGGCAGGCACCCCACUCCCGAUAUUACCAGAGAGGCCCCAGUCCCUCUGCUAUGCGCUUCCUGUGCCUCUCCAGUCCCAGCAGUGGGACCCCAGAGCCCCUGAGCCACCAGGGGGACGUGGUCUGCGUUCUGCAUUCUCUCCGAGCUGACCAGGCAGCGGGGCCGUGAGGGGCCCUCUAAGACGUCAUCCUGAGAUGGGAGGGAUUUCUUUCCCAUCUACCCUUGCAGCUCCCACAGACCCCCUGCUGUGGGCUGCUGCCUUCAUGUACAAGCUUUCUGGCUGCCCUGGUUGACGCUUGGAUGCAGGGGGUGUGGUUUUGGCAGCAGCGUGCCUUCUCCAUCCUCUCUGCCUCGACAUUCCCACCUGUCUCUUGGGGCCAAGCCCCCUCCACCAGGAAGCCUUCCCCAACACUCGACCUGCCUCCUCCCGUCGUACCUUCAGGCUGUCGACUCGCUCAGCACAUGGCCUGCCUGGCACCCUCCUGUGCCCCUCACUGUGGGCCAGCCCUUCUCCCCAGCUAGACUGCGGGCUCCUCCAGAAACAACUGAGGAUGGGGGACAGGGAGCUCCAUCCCUGGCAAGCCCGCAGGUUGCCUGAAGGCAGGGCCCAGUGGCGGUUUCUUCUAGUCUGUAUAAGAAGGGGAAUAAAAAGAUCUCCAGUGAACAAGGCUGCACCCCAUGUGCAGAAGGAUGCGAAGAUUCCGACUCCAGGCACCCCACACCCUGCCCCUGGCGUCCCCAUCCCUUCUGCAGCCAUGGUCUCAGGUCCCUCGGCUUAGUGUCUCAGGGAUGGGGUCAGCUGAACAGGGACAGGGAUGACAUCGGAUGCUCUGUCCUCUCAGCAUGACUCCAGGCUGCUUUUCCUGGAACCGCAAGCUUUUAUGAGCCAUGGAAACAAAAACCUGCGGUAGCUCCUGGAACAGUCCUUUCCUUCCGAAAUUCACAGUUAGCGGAGAAAACAGACUCUUAAAGAAAGUGCUCCAAUCCCUGUGCCUGGCACCCACCUGCCCAUAUUUGAACUUUAUAUUACCAUGCCACUGGCUCUUUCUGAAAUGGCAGGCUCCAUCCAAAGACCCUUGUAGCUGGCACAUCACAACAGACUGCAAGGGGCAGGAGAGAAAGUCGGUGCGACGACUGGGAUUUAGAUUUAAGGAUUUGUCCCUGCGCUUCUGCCCUCGGCCACUAGGGGGCAGCGGUCGCCUUUCCCAGCAUCUUCCCCAGGAGGGUGACUUGGAGCUGGCCGGUUGCCCGCCUGGAAAGCAGGGACUGAGCGCUCCCCGCCGCUCCCCACCACUCCCCGCCACUCUCAGGGCUCUUCCUGGAGUCUCUGCAGACCCCUGGAGUAUAAGGGCGAUAGGAUGACUGCAGUGGCUCAACUAGUGAAAAUAGGCCCAGCAUCACGGAUGGGGUCCCCCACCCCUCAAAACAUAAAUGAUGCAUAACACAGCAACGGUAAUACUGAGCACUUACUGUGUGCCAGGUACUGUUCCAAGCACUACGUGCACAUCUUUUUUUAUUCUGUACCCCAACCUUCAAAGGUUAUUGCUCAUUUUACCCGUUUUAUAGAUCAGGAAACAGGCUCAGAGAGGUUGAGUAACUUGUCUGAUGCCACCCAGCUAAUCAGCGUCAGAGACAGGAUUCGGACUCCAGAGCCUGUUCUCCAUGCUGCUCCGCGGCACAGCUCUGCACAGGUUUGUUGCCACUCGUCCUGCCAUGCCGUGGCUCCGACUCGUUAUCUCCUCUGAACUGUUAUACUUGGCCAGGGGUGGGUCCUGAGCCUGGGUGGUUUUCUAAAGCCCCCAGACUGCUUUAAGAGCAGCCGGGCAGGCUCUUCUCAGGGAAGAUGCUCGUUGACGGCUCAGCCUGCAGGAGGUGGUCCUGGGGGCCUCCCUGGGGCUCCCCUAAAUGCCCGUGGCAGCUGCAGAAUCAGGUGGGGGUGAGCUGAAGCCCCCAGAACCUACUGGCUCCUUAGGGCCUACCCUCCCUCUGUCUCCCUGGGGACAGGAUGCCCUUGGCCAGGGCAGCCUCUCACCCCAGCCGCAGCCGCCUGCCACCUUAAGACCUCCUGCCUCUGAUAUUCUGUGUGUGGACAAUUUGUAUUUCCAGCAGUGCCCCUUCUCAUUGCCUCCUGCAGGGGGUCUCACUCUCGGCUGCAGAAUCCUCUGGGGAGCUUUAAAAAAACUCCAUCCCUGCCUGGCCUCACCCUCAGAGAUCCUGAUUUAAUGUGUCUCAGAGGGCCAGUCACUGGUGUUUCUAAAAAGCCCCCGGGGGAUUGUGGUGUGCUACCAGGGCCGAGGACGCUGAACCGAUGAUCCCCUAAGGCUGUUUGUGAAUGGAGGCCCACGGGCCCCCGUCCCCGCCCGCCAUCACGGUUGAGAGCUCAACUCUGCCUGGGUAAUAGCACCCGCUUUACAGAGGUCUCAUGAAGACUGAAUGAGAAAGUGCACGCAAAAGCCCUUGGCACAGAGCCUGGCACGUAAGUGUUUGAUAAUUGCUCGUUAUUAUCACCAACUGGUGCUGAAAGAUAGGGUGUCUCUCUCAAAGCCCGGAAACUUCAGAACGGCGCCCCGAGCUGGUCCCAGCCUGGUUUGUGCAAACUCUGCAGGGUGGGACCCCCGGGGUCGCUGUUCUUUCUCUCCCGCCACUCCCGUGCCCUCCCUGCCAGCCGAGGACAGCCACUUCUCCAGUCGGCAUUUGGAGCCACGCCCAGCCUCGCCAGCCUGCUGUGGAUUUAACACCCGCCCUCAGAGCCUGCAGUUCGGGGAAAAUUUCCCCAGUUCUGGCAGAGGUCUCACAUUGGGAGACAGACAGCAAAUAUUGUGAUUCACACCAGAGAGGAGCUGUGGCGUUUGUGCGGAUGUUCUUUCUGCAGUGAGAAAUUUUUCUCCCCUAGAAUGUUUCUCUACAGACACUGGCAGCCUGUGACACUGGGCGCCGGCCCCAGGUUGGCAGGUGGCCUGAGGGCCUGGCCCUGCCCUCCAAGGGCGCUCGGUGGCCUUGCCCCCCCCACCCCGGGGUCCCCACUUUCAUUCUCGUUCCUCAGCAGAUUUGGGGAGGCGCCAGGCAUGGUGUCGGGCCCUAGCAGGUGCUCUUCCCCACCCCUUCCUGGCUUCCAGCUGGCCUGGGAGCAGCCCCUUGACUGUCACUUAGCACCUUCUGGUUGCCAGGCCCAGUCGUGGUUGUCUUAAAUGAGGAAACCGAGGCUCAGAGAGGUUAAGCGACUUGCCUCCCAUCCCCCAGCCAAGGAGCAGCCGAGAACUGGAUUUGAGUUCCAGAGUCUGGGCUCUUUUUCUUUAGUUUAAAAGUUAUUUUAGACUUUUACUGUUACAGAAAAGGUAUAUAUAUAUGCACCAUACGAAGAAAAAUACAGAUGUGCAAAAAAUUAAAAAACACUUUUUCACUACUCAGAGAUUACUUCUGGUAACAGUCUAGUCUGUGCCCUUCCACCUUUCCCGGUGUCGGUGUGUCUACUUGCUUUGGAAAUAAAACGAGAUCGUCCUGUA